CACCAAAACAAAACGAUAAUGACCAACUCCAAACUCUAUCACCUCCUUGAUUCUCGUACUCCCAUUUGCUCCAACAAUCCCGUCCAAUCAUAUCCUCCUCCUCCACCACCAUCUCGUCCACCACCGUCACCGUCAACCACCACCGCAUGUCCUCCGCCUCCUUCUCCUCCGAGCUCCGGCGGUGGUGGUGGCAGCUCUUACUAUUACCCACCUCCUUCACAGUCCGGUGGCGGUAAAUACCCUCCUCCGUACGGUGACGGUGGUCAAGGUUACUACUACCCUCCGCCGUAUUCAGGAAACUAUCCUACGCCGCCUCCGCCGAACCCGAUCGUCCCUUAUUUCCCCUUUUACUAUCAUACGCCACCACCAGGUUCUGGUUCAUAUCGGUUUAUGAGUUCUUAUUCUAUUAUGUUUGCUCUUUUCGCCAUCUUCCUAUGUUUAGUGUGACAAAAAAUACAUCGGAGUUCGCUGGAAAAUUACGAAGAAACAUCAGAAUAAUGUGGCAGAUCGGUAGAUCUACAAUAGUCAUUGAAGUGAGACAGAGAUCAAUGGAGGACCAGACUCUGCAAGAGAGGCUAAAGUUUCAUGAGAGUCAGUUUGCACCCCAAAAUCCGCCGGUGGUCCCGGUCUGCGCAGACUAUACGUCGUUAACAAAUAACAACGUUUUCCGUUUAAAGCUGAUCUGGUUACUAUUUGC